UCUGCAAAGAGCAGAACUACUUCCAGUCGUAACAUGCGAGAUGGGCAUGCGAUUCAUGUGCGCUGUGCAGCUUCAUCGCAGGUAUCGCUGAGUGUAGACCAUGGCUCCAAACAGUCACCGCGCGAUUUAGUUGCAUAUGAAGUGAGGCUAUGAAGCCGGUUUUGCAUAGCAUUCGACGCCACCGACAGCCUUUGGCGUCGCAAUAUCCAGGAAUGAAACCCAGUGGAGCAAACCGGAAGCGUUCGCGAGAUCAUAUGAACAGGUAUAGCUCACCGGUGAGCACCGUUCCCAUCUUAGGCGAUGCACGAUCCCCUGAGUAUGCCUUACCCAAUAUUCAUGGUGGAGGCUGAAGGGAACAAUAGUACGCAGCUGCAUGAUUUG